CGAACGCAGGCGCGGAUUACUUUUUGAUUUCGCUCCUGUUUAGUCCUGGGUGCCCCUGACUGCGAAUGUGCAAAACCAAGCCAAUGUGUCAAAUCCGAAGCACGAGAGUUGUCUUACUGUUACCCCCCGUUGUUUUACCGUGUAAGGUAUCUGAGCAUUCGUUCUGUUUGAGUUCAUACCCACCGAAGUGUGAACCUUUCCAUUCAGCACGGCCAAAGCGUACUCUCUAGUAGGGCACAAUAGUACUUGACUAUCAUCUUUAUACCCGCACCUCCGCAGCAGUUCUACCUGGUUGAGUUGCGCGACUAUGCAUUAACCGAGAAGUGAUGACAUCCAGGAGGGAUGAGAACUUAUUGCGGCAGUCGUCCAACCAUGGACAUCAAGCACUAUUUCAAGUACGGAUUGAUUGUCGUGGCCUCUGUCACUUGCUGUCUGGAACUCCUCCUAUUACCCAGACAUUUGCUUCGGAAAGCUCGACAUUACGUUGAUGAUUCUAGUCAGAAUCUAUUCACAUUCCCAUUGGCACACUGCCCGUGUUCUCGGACGCUUCCACGCCCACAAAAUGCAUCCACUGUCCCAUUCAAUGCGACCACGUGUAGUCGAGAUGCUUUUGUCCGCGGGGACGGCCAACAAGUGGUCAGUUUUUCUUUCUACGGUGAUGUGCAUACCAAGGUGGCUGUACAGAAGGGCUAUUUUGAAGGGAUUCGAGGGAAUCUCGACCUAAUGGCCCAAUUCUAUCCCAACUGGAUCAUGCGGGUGUACUUCGACCUUGCCACCAACGAUCCAGUGUUGUCGGAUUUGUGCGAUUUGGCCUGUCAGUAUGAGGUCCUUGACAUUUGUCACGUGGCUCAGUUGCCCGGAGCCCCCAUGGUGGACGCGCGCCAGGUCUUUGCCAUGAAUUGGAGGUUUUUCCCGACUCUCGAUCCACAGGUUGACCUGUAUGCCAGCAGGGACUUGGAUAGCAGGUUCUCACUGCGAGAACAAGCUGCUGUCCAAGAAUGGCUGGAUUCCGACGAACCCAUGCAUAUCAUGCGAGAUCAUCCCAGGCACAAAAUUGAGAUCUUGGGUGCUGCUUGGGGGACUCAUCUAAAAAGAAAAAACGCCAGAGGUCGAUGGAUAAAAUCCUGGAUCAAGAUACUUAACGAUACCGAAGCAUGGGCAUCUCGACAGAGUAAAGGACCGGAUCAAGUCAUUCUUCGUCGCUACGUCUGGCCUUGGGCGAGGAGGUCGUCCAUUCAGCAUGAUAGCUACUUCUGUCGAGACUACAGAGGCACGAUUCCUUUCCCGACGGAGCGGGAAAUGAGCGUGAACAAUUUUGUGGCAGCCGCGGUCAAAAGCAACGGAACGCUAGUCAAAAAGUGCCCCAAGAAAUGCCGACCUGAAGCUCACCCUGAUUGGGAAUUUUGUUGACAAUGAGACUGAUUAUUAUGUUUUCUAAAUCUAAUACAGUGUAUAUGUAUAUGUA